ACUUGAUUUUUAAAAAACAAAAAUGAUUUCAACCUCUUCAAUUCUUGUUCUUGUCGUCCUUCUCGCCUGCUUCAUGGCUGCCAGCGCACAAUGGGGAUAUGGAGGAUAUGGAAGAGGAUAUGGAGGAUAUGGUGGAUACGGACGAGGAAUGUAUGGAGGCUAUGGACGCGGAAUGUAUGGUGGAUAUGGACGUGGAAUGUACGGAGGAUACGGACGCGGAAUGUAUGGAGGAUGGGGAAAGUAAAUACAUGGAUAACCAUCUAUUAAUAAUUUGAAAAUCUCAUUUCGUUAUGUAACAAUGCGUUGUACAUAUCCUGAUUUCUCACUUUUUUCUUGAAUAAAAACUUGCAUAAU